AUGCAACAACAACGUCGACGUCCACCUGUUCCAGCAUCACCCAUAACUCUAAAUAAUAAUUCUAGUCGGCCUAUACGUCAAGCAAGUCGAAAUAUGUCAAUGACAGUGAGUCAAUGUUCUGGUUGUUCUCAACCAAUGUAUAAUCCUCUUUUAUCAAAUGUUCUUGAUCGUUUAUGGCAUCCUGAAUGUGUUCGAUGUUUUGUAUGUCGAUGUAUACUUAAUGAACAAUGUUAUUCACGUGAAGGAAAACUUUAUUGUAAAGAUGAUUUUAUUAAAAAAUAUAUUCAUCGUUGUUUUUCAUGUCAAAAUUUAAUUCAAUCUCAUGAAUUAAUUCGUCGUGUUCGAACAGGUCGAAUAUAUCAUGCUGAUUGUUUUAUUUGUAUGAAAUGUAAACGUAUAUUACAAGAUGAUGAUAUAACAACAUUAAUGCCAUCGGAUGGUUUACCUUUGAAUGAUAUGGAUUAUUUAUGUCAAACAUGUUCAAAAUCAAUUAAAUCUUCUACAGGAACAACAUCAUCAUCAAAUGCAGAUGAAGAAGAAACAUCGGAUAGUGAAAUGUCAAAUACAACAAAUGGAAAAGUACAAUCUAUUGAUAGACAAGUAUCAACAACAGUCAAUAUGGAUGUACCAUCGACUAAUUCAAUUCAAUCACCAAUAUCAAAUAUACCUGUUCUUACAUCUAUUGAACAAUUAUCUCUUCAAUCGACAACUACAUUAGUUACAGAUAAUCAAGUCAAUCAAUCACAAUCUAUGCAAGUUGAUGAAGUCGCAACAUGCAAAACACAUUCAUCAUCAUCAAAUUCAUCUGCUACAGUUCCAUCUGAAACUCCUGAAGAAACAGUAACACCACCACCACCACCGCCGCCAACAAAAUCAACUGGUCGACCAUCAAAAGCUCGUCAAAAUAGUAGUAGUAAUAAUAACAAACGAUCACCAGCUAAAUCAAAAGCAACAACACAAGCAUCUCGUCAAAAACAAACAACUACUAAUGAAAGAAAAGGUCGUUCACCAACAACAAGAUCUAAAUCAUCAUCAGCUACAUCAACAACUGUACAAACAAGGUCAAGUAAUCGUCGUAAUACAAAAACAUCACGUUAUCGUAAACGAAGUUUUUCAAGUGGUAGUGAUGAUGAUGAAACUGAAGACGAAGAUGAUGAUGGUGGUGAUGAUGAUGACACAGAUUUUACUGAAGAGGAUGAUAUGCGCGAUGACGAUAGAGAAAAUAGUCGUUCACCUUCAGUGAAAACAAAAUCAUCUAAAACGACAAAUGAGAAAAAAAUUGAAUCUGAACCAAUACCAACUACAGCUGCACCAACAUCAACAAUAACAUCAGUUCCAAUACAACCAAAAAUUUCCGAACCAUUAUCAUUACUUAGUGGACUUUCAUCUAAUCCUAUGUCUGUUUCAUCGAUUAUGAAAUCAGAUAUUCCAACAAGUUUUAUGCGUCCAAAUUUUAAUCAAAAUUUUCCAACACCACAACAAUUUUUACCAGCAAAUCAUCCAUUUCCACCCGGUUUUCCUCUACAACCAAGACUUCCAAUACCACCACCACCAUCAGCUAUUUCUCAACCACAACCUGCACCUAUAUCUGAUACACAUCGUUUAUCGCAUUCAACAAAUGUUUCCGAAACAGAUUCACUUGAUCGUUCAUCAAGUCCUUCACAAAUGGAUACAUCGAACAAUGCUGAAUCAGAAAUAUCAACACGUUCGACAACAACUUCAUCAACUGGUACUCAAAAAUUAUCUGCUCUUUCUUCAUUACUUGAAUUCGGUACAUUACCAACUUCAAAUCUUGGCGAUAUACGUCCAGUUUGUCCUCCUACAAAUCCUUUUCCAUUUCCAUUUGUUACUCCUGGUCCAGGUGUUCCAUUUUCACCUCAAGCAGCAGCUGGUAUGACUACUUAUUAUCGACCACCAUUUGGUGUUCCACCACCAACAGUAUCAGCCGAUGCAAGUCAACAAUCAUCGUCAUCAUCGACAACACCAACAUUACCUCAACCAGCACCGAAAUCAACUUCAACUCAAUCAAAGAAGAAAUCUACUGCUAAGACAAAUUCAACUGAAGUUAUUUCCCAAAAUAUACUUGAUGAACCAUCAUUACCUAAAAAGAAAGUUCGUAAAACUAAUCCACGUGGUAAAGGAAAAGCAAAAAAGAUUGAAACUGAUGGUGAAAAUGAUGUUGAUGGAGAUAAUUCAUCACCACCACCACCACCACCGCCAACAACAAUAACAACAAAUAAAAAGAAAAGAAAAUUAAAGAAAGAUACUAAAACUAAUACAACUACAAAUGAUAAUGAUGAAACAAAACCUACGAAUGGACCUACAAACAAUACUUCGCAUAAUCUUCUUGCUCAAAUGGGUCUUAUUAAUAAUUCAUUUAUACAACCAACACCACCUCCAAUACAAUCGUCUUCCUCAACAAAUGGUACAAAUCCAGCGCCAAAUGCUCAACCACAGGCUCAAAUAGCAGCUAUGUACAAUAUGACACCACAUUUUGCUGCUUACAAUACGUUUCCAGGUACCUUCAAUCCAGCUUUUCCUGGUGCUGCUUAUCCAAGUGGUUAUCCACCCCCAUAUGGUUUUCAUCCAGCAUUUGGUACAACGCCAACAAGUCAACCAUUUCCAUUUAUGCCAUCAACACCUACAUCAACUGCAUCGUCAAUUACUAAUACAUCAUUAUCAGGUCCUACGACGACAUCACCAUCAACGGGCGAUAAACCAGCAGCUAUUGUUGUACCUGAAACACGACCAACAAAAUCAAGAAGUAAAAGUAAUACUGGAGGAGAAAAGAAAAAACCUGCUACUCCUCGAACAACAAAGAAAAAAGCAGCGGUUACAACUGCAUCGGUACCAAUAACUGAUAAUGAAACUAUAAUACCAACAACAGUUUCAUCAAUUGAAACAACAGCAACAACAACAACAACAGUAAAGACUACUACAACACCUGAAUCAACAUCAACACCACCGAUAACUAAACGACGAAUUAGUGGUACAGAAAGUGAAGAUUUUGAUGAACAAAAUGAUGAACCACAACAACAGCAACAACAAUCACAAACAGCAAAUAGUAAAUCAGGUCAUGAAUCAGAUGGUUCAAUAGGUGCUGAUCGUUCAUUGAGUACAACACAAUCAACAUCUAUAGCACCAGAAAAAAAAGGUGGACGUACGACAAUAAAACCACAACAAUUAGAAAUUUUAAAUAAAGCAUUUGAAUCAUGUGCUAAACCAAAUAAAACACAACGCGAACAAUUAGCUACUGACACUGGUCUUAAUUUACGUGUUAUACAAGUUUGGUUUCAAAAUAAACGAUCGAAAGAACGUAAAGGAAAAAUAUCAAAAGAAAAAGAAACACCAUUAGAUGAUGAUGAAGCAGGUGAAGACUCUCAACCAUCAUCACCACAACCACCAUUACCACCACCACCGCCGCCACCACCGCCACCGCCACCACCAACAGAAUCUGAAAUUGCACCUGCAUCUACAGAAGAAUCUGCUCCUGAACCAACACCGAUCACUACAAGUGAAACGUAA